CUUGCCUGCGACUUGACCUUUCGCGCUUUGAACAGUGCAGCAGCUUUAUUUCUGUAACGUAGUCUGUGUGUAAGCUACGCCAAAGCUAUCAGUGCCAAUCUAGUUAUAAACAGUCCACCUCUACUUUCAGGCUCUCAACACGACGCGGCACAACCUUCAUUUCUGGUGCUUAUUACGGUCCUUGAUUAACCUGUAAUCAUCCCUGUCCUCGAGCACAGUCAACAUCACCCAACAUGCUUACGCAUCGUGGCUUCUCCGCAUGUAUAGUCUCUGAGGGCAAACCGAUCCCCGAGUAUCUUGCCGCUGUCGUUGCCGAAAACCCAAACACGAUCUCGUGUUGGAUCCCAAGCGAGGUGGGAAAGUCUUUUUCAGUAUACUGGAGAGAUGAAGGAACAAAAAAGCACUCAUGUGCAUUUAUUACACUUGACGGAUUCGUAGUUCCCGGUCGGUUCUUGUUUGGCGAAGGAGAGGCUUGGAGGAGUGGCGUAAGAUCGGGCCCGCAGACAGAAAGGCCCUUUAUGUUCGCACAGAGGCCAAGCUCAGGUGCAAGUGAGCAGAGCACGAAAGACGCUGGAUCCAUCGUGCUCAAGAUUAAACUCGUCACUCUGGAUGGAGGAUUACCAGAUUUAAACUCGCAAAGUCAGCUAAGCGAUCAUUGUAUUGGGUACGGCCAGGAGAUGGACGUGUGCACGCAAUCACCCAUGACGUGGAAGGUGAAACCAUCCGACCAGCACGGUGUCAGGUCACACGUUACCUUUCUGUUCCGGUACAGGUCUCCCGAGUGGCUGAUUGCGCAAGGAAUAAUGUCCACUGAACUGCACGCGCCAAAAAAUCUUCUUGCAAAACGACGGGUCGUCAGCGCACCAGUUGCACAAUCGGUGAACGUGCCGAUAAUGCCAAGCUUAAGUCCUCCCAACUCAAAAAAGGCUGAACAGUCUGAACAAUUCAACGCAGGACUAAAUAAUGCCUUCCCUGUAGGGCAAGGCCGAGCGCGGCCCGCACUGAGUCUCAGGACCGUGAGCGUCAGUGGCGGGGGUCGGCACAACCAAUUUUCAGGGGAAACACUACUCGAUUUUCAAGUUUAUUCUCCGCUCGACCCGAGUAGGUUUACGCAAAGCCCAUACAGUGCAUCUCGAGAGUCGGACAGCACGGCAGUAAACUCGACGGGGCCGAGCAAUGAGGGCUAGGAAGAUGUGGUUUGGAAAAGUACAUCAUUUCGAUGCGUUGUCUUGUAUCUGUGGAACUGCUAUCUCUUGGAGAAUAUUUCUGUUAUGAUUAGGGUGUUUGUGUAAAAUCUGUAAAAUAGUUAACCAUGCAUCUGGAAUGUCAUUACUUACAUACAGGCAACCUCAUGGAAACAUGGUAUAGAGAGAAUUUCAGUGCGAAUGAAUUACUGAACGACAGAGGAAGGGUUGUGUUCACAAGGGUUAUUCAUAUUAGUAGCA